AUGGAAAGGAAAUUGAUGUUUUCUUUGAAUUUACCUAACACUAAGAGGGGGACUUCGCGUAAGAAAAGACAUGAAGAGCUCCUUAAAAAACUUCACAACUUUUGCAGCCUUUGUGGUAGUGAGAUUGCUAGCGUCUUCUAUAGGGAUUGCCACAGUAAACCUGUGAUUUUUUCAAAUCAUGAGAAUAAUGUCAAAACCUUUACCAAAUUUAGGGAGCUAUCGACGUCAAUGAAAUCCAAAAAUCAGGUGGCACAAGAUGAGUACAAUGAGCAGAGUAUUAUUAAGAUAUUGGAGGAAGAAAUUCUGAAUCUAAUAAAGGAAAGCCUAAUCGAAAAGACAACAACCGAGAUGAAUGAAGUGUUGAAAGAAAAAGAAGACGUUACUAUUAAGAUGAACCCUUAUGAUGUCAAUGAUCUUGCUGAGCACACCGAGUUGAGUAUUAAGAAGUUGGAGGAAGAAAGCCAGAAGCAAACAAAGGAGAACAUAAUUGAGGAGUUAAUAACUAAGAUGAAUGAAGUGUUGAAAGGAAAAGAAGAUGUUACUAUUGAGACAAACCCUUAUGAUGUCAACGAUCUUGUUGAGUAUACCGAGAUGAGUAUUAAGAAGCUGGAGGAAGAAAUUCAAAAGCAAAUAGAGCAGAACCUAGUCCAGGAGUUAACAACUAAGAUGAAUGAUGUGUUGAAAACAAAAAAGAAGAUGUUACUAUUGAGACAAUUCCUUAUGAUGUCAACGAUCUUCUGUACAUGA